AUGGCCGUCACAGCUUCUGGUCCGGAUCCGCUGGACACGAAUGUCGAUGAAAGAACACCCCUGAAUUCUUCGGCGCAGCAUGCGACUCCCAGCGCAAACACGCCGGACUACAGCAGCAUAACAAAAGGGCUCACUAGCGACGUGCACAGCAGCCACGGUAGCGAUGAGGAACGGCCGUUGAUCAGUCCACCUGAGUUGCCUGGUAACGAUGUGAAGGCUUUAACCAGUAUAAGUACCGUUAUUGGCGUGUUGUUGCUGGGCGAGUUCAUCUCCAACGCAGACACAACACUAGUCAUGGCGGCAACAGGCAGAAUAUCUUCCGAAUUCAAUCGACUGCGCGAUGCAAGUUGGCUAGCAACGGCGUACACCUUGGGAUUAUGCGCUGCUCAACCGAUGUACGGCAAGCUGAGUGACAUCUACGGUCGCAAGCCACUGCUUCUGUGGGCAUAUGUUUUCUUUGGCGUGGGAUGCAUUAUCAGCUGUUUCCCUAGCGGUAUUGGCCGAGACAUGGCGACUGUCAUAUUGGGGCGUGCAAUCAGCGGAAUUGGGGGUGCUGGAACAAUGGCGAUGGGCUCUAUCAUUAUCACAGAUAUUGUUCCCCGUCGAGAUGUCGCCCAUUGGCGGGCGUACAUUAACAUCGCGAUGACUCUGGGUCGUAGCGCAGGAGGCCCAAUCGGCGGAUGGCUAACCGAUACAAUCGGAUGGAGAUGGUCGUUUAUUAUCCAGGGCCCCUUAGCCGCUGUGGCAGCUUUGUUGGUGAUAUGGAAGCUCAAACUCGCCAAUCCAGUCACUGAGAAGAGCAUCCGCCGUGUCGACUUUCUCGGAACGUUCCUCCUGGCCGUCGGUAUUGUUACAAUUACCGUUAUCAUGGACCAAGCAGGGCAGUCCUUCGCAUGGGCAUCAUUGUCAACAGCAAUCCUCGCAACUCUCAGUCUAUCAGCAUUCGUCGCCUUCGUUCUUGUUGAACUCUACGUAGCCCCUGAACCGAUUUUCGAACUCCGCAUGUUGCGGAAGCCGAAUGUGACGCCCAGUUACCUGAUCGGAUCGCUGCAGAUCACCGCCCAAGUUGGAAUGAUGUUCUCCGUGCCGCUAUAUUUUCAGGUGACAUCGAAAGCCUCUGCCACCGUAGCUGGAGGGCACCUGGUUCCUGCAGUGAUCGGAAACACGCUUGGCGGCUUAAUCGCGGGAGCCUUUAUCCGUCGCACCGGCCAAUUCAAGGUCCUCUUGAUCCUUGCCGGUCUCGUUGCGUCCGUCGCCUAUCUACUCCUCAUCCUUCGCUGGAACGGUCAUACUGGAUUCUGGGAGUCCUUGUACAUUAUUCCCGGUGGUAUGGGUACUGGUUUCUGCUCUGCAGCUGCUUUUGUCAGUAUGACGGCGUUUUUGAUGCCGCAGGAAGUGGCCAUGGCAACAGGAGGUUACUUCCUAUUAUUCAGCUUCGCCAUGACGGCCGGUGUGACUGUCACUAACAGUCUGCUGGGGACGGUUUUCAAGCGCCAGAUGGAACAGCACCUGACGGGUCCAGGAGCCAAGAAGGUUGGUAUCCCCGCACCUUUGCUGCGUCACUUACUAACAGAUUUUUUGAAGAUCAUCGAGCGCGCGCUAUCCGACACGAGCUAUAUCAACGGUUUGCAGGGUCAUGUCCGGGAUGUAGUGGUACAAGGAUAUGUGACUGGUCUCCGCUACACUUACUUGUUUUCCCUCAUUCUUUCGCUUCUUGGAUCGGUCCUCGCUUGGACUGUACGAAAACACCAACUAUGA